AAAAAGAAGCCGGAGUGCUGACGGCUUCUCCUGCCUCUGUGGGAACAUGUUGAGCGGGGACUCUCGGUGUUACAUGCUUGCGAAAACCUGAUAACAUAUUUCAGCUGAACCCCAGCCUAAGAGCAUGCCAUUAGGAUAUUCUUCUUUUACUACUUGGAACAUGGGUGAAAAGGACGAUGAGAAAUAUAGCCAAGCUGGUCAAAUAUUUGAAAACUUUGUCCAAGCCUCAACAUGCAAAGGUACAAUCCAGGCCUUUAAUAUCCUCACUCGUCAACUUGAACUAGAUCCUUUGGACAACAGGAACUUCUAUACAAAACUUAAAUCAAAGGUGACCAGUUGGAAGGCCAAAGCCUUGUGGAACAAGCUAGAUAAAAGAGCAAGCCAUAAGGAAUAUAAGCGUGGGAAAUCUUGUGUGAACACCAAGUGUUUGAUUGUUGGAGGUGGACCCUGUGGUUUGCGGACUGCCAUAGAACUUGCCUUUCUAGGAGCCAAAGUGGUCGUUGUGGAGAAACGAGACACUUUUUCAAGAAACAAUGUGCUUCACCUCUGGCCUUUUACUAUUCAUGAUCUUCGAAGCCUAGGAGCAAAGAAAUUCUAUGGAAAGUUCUGUGGAGGAUCCAUUGAUCACAUUAGCAUUAGGCAGCUUCAGCUCAUCCUCUUCAAGGUUGCACUUAUGUUGGGAGUUGAAAUCCACGUGAAUUUAGAAUUUGUGAAAGUUUUGGAACCUCCUGAAGAUCAAGAAAAUCAAAAAAUAGGUUGGCGUGCUGAAUUUCUCCCAAUGGAUCAUCCUUUGUCAGAAUAUGAAUUUGAUGUCGUUAUUGGUGCUGACGGCCGCAGAAACAGCUUGGAAGGCUUUAGGAGGAAGGAAUUUCGUGGAAAGCUGGCGAUUGCAAUCACUGCCAACUUUAUAAACAGAAAUACGACAGCAGAAGCUAAGGUGGAGGAGAUCAGUGGUGUUGCUUUCAUCUUCAAUCAAAAAUUCUUCCAAGAUCUGAAAGAAGACACAGGAAUUGACCUGGAGAAUAUUGUUUACUAUAAAGAUAGCACCCACUAUUUUGUGAUGACUGCAAAAAAGCAGAGCCUUCUGGAGAAGGGCGUCAUAAUCAAUGAUUAUAUUGAUACUGAAAUGCUACUCUGUGGGGAAAAUGUAGACCAAGACAAUCUGCUGUCCUAUGCAAGAGAAGCUGCUGAUUUUGCAACUGAUUACCAACUGCCUGCCUUGGAUUUUGCAAUUAAUCACUAUGGUCAGCCAGAUGUAGCCAUGUUUGAUUUUACUUCCAUGUAUGCCUCUGAAAACGCUGCAUUGAUACGAGAGAGACACAGACACCAGCUGUUGGUUGCUCUUGUUGGAGACAGUUUACUAGAGCCGUUCUGGCCCAUGGGCACUGGUUGUGCAAGAGGGUUCCUGGCUGCGUUUGACACAGCGUGGAUGGUGAAAAGUUGGGCCCAAGGAAAGCAUCCACUUGAUAUCCUUGCAGAAAGAGAAAGCAUUUAUAGGCUCUUACCUCAGACAACACCUGAAAAUAUCACUAAGAACUUUGACCAGUACACCAUUGAUCCUGCAACACGUUAUCCAAACUUGAACUCAAGUUGUGUUCGACCUCAUCAGGUGAAGCAUCUGUACAUUACAAAUGAGCUUCAGCCAUUCCCUCUAGAAAGAGCAGACUCCAUUAGAAGAUCAAUUGGACUUUCAAGACAUGAAUCUGAUAUAAGGCCAAACAAGCUUUUAACCUGGUGUCAAAAACAAACAGAAGGAUACAGGAAUGUUAGUGUCAUGGACCUCACUACUUCAUGGAGGAGUGGCCUUGCCUUAUGUGCAAUUAUGCAUCGCUUCAGACCUGACCUCAUUGACUUUGACUCCCUGAACGAAGAAGAUGCCGUUGGAAACAACCAGCUGGCAUUUGACAUUGCUGAGCGAGAGUUUGGAAUUCCCCCCGUCACUACGGGGAAAGAGAUGGUGUCUUCUGGAGAGCCUGAUAAACUCAGUAUGGUCAUGUACCUCUCAAAAUUCUAUGAGCUAUUUAGGGGAACACCUCUGAGAGCCGUGGGUGCUACGGACAAGCGAAAUGGAGAAAGAAAGGAUCUUUGUUCAGCAAAAUCAUCCAACUUCAUCUUUAAUAACUACAUGAAUUUAACUUUUCCGAGGAAGAGAAUACCUAAAGCAGAAGAAAAUGAAACCAGUAAAAGGCGACGUAAAAGUCUCAUUAAUUUUGAAGAGUCUUCAGGUUCUUUGAAUCGAGGUACAAAUUCUGGUAACCAGCUAGGGGACUUGAAAGAAGGAAUGAAUCAAAACAAAGUGAAGUCUAUGGCAACUCAACUCUUAGCCAAGUUUGAAGAAAAUGCUCCCAGUGCUUCACUACGGAGGCAGGAUCUAGUAGAUAAGCCUACUUUGCACCUUUCUUCUGACCCUCCUGUAAAUCCUCGCUUUGCUAAACCCAAGGAGCCAACCUGUAACCUGCCACCUCCACCAAAAAGUCAGUUUCAGGCGGUAGCUAGGUCUGAACACACGGCCAGGGAGCCCGUACAGUCUUUGCCUGGUCCUCAUCCAAUGACCAGGCAUUUGAGACACAUAGAACGGGCAGAGCUGGAGUCCAGGCUUUCAGAAUCCCUUGCGUCUUCCUGUCCUGCUGCAUUUGCCCUGUCUGGUGUGCUUCAACGCCUUCAGCAUGUGGAGGAAAAAUAUAAACAGAAGAGAGCUCAGUCCAUAGCAAAUAGAGAAUUUCAUAAAAAGAGCAUUAAAGAAAAAGCCUCUCAUCUUGCCUCAAUGUUUGGCUAUGUCGACAUCCCAAAGAAUAAACUUCCUCCUACUAAAGGUCUCUCCCACUCUCAACUCCCAUCUCCCUCUUGCCUUUCAUCUCAUGAUUCAGCUGCUUCUUCUCCAUCAUCCACUGACUCCGCUUCCCCUGCUGUUCAUUCUAAAAAGAUGACUGUAGGGAAAGUGUCACGUGGAAUAGGGGCCGUGGCAGAAGUUCUUGUCAAUCUGUACAUGAAUGAUCACAGGCCCAGUCCAUUGUCCAACGCUUUGCAGCCGAGUGAAUCUUUGGAUGGUGGUGCAGCUGCUGCUUUCCCUUCUUCUCCUACCUCUCAAGCUUUGUCUUCUACUGCUCAAACCUGUCAGAGUUCUUUGAAGAAAGUAUUUCCACAGUCAGUAGGUGGGAGCGACAUUUGCUGUUUCUGUCAAAAAAGGGUGUAUGUCAUGGAGCGCCUGAGUGCAGAAGGCCGCUUUUUCCACCGAGAAUGCUUCAGAUGUGCCAUAUGUGCUACAACACUCCGCCUAGCAACGUAUGCCUUUGAUGCAGAAGAAGGUAAAUUUUACUGCAAGCUUCAUUUUGCACAGUGUAAAACAAAUAACAAGCACAGAAAAAGAAGAGUUAUGGUAAAGAAUCAUGAAAAGGAGGAAGCAAAACCGUGGCGGCAAGAAGAGCCCAUGUCUGCAGAAACCACCCCAGAAAAUGCUUUUACUGCAGGCGGCAGCUCAGAAGACCGGUCCCCAGGUAUCCUGCCUUCAUUCUUUAGGAAAACGCUAAGCUGGCCUCUUAAGGUGACAAGGGAUCUGCUUGACCUUCCAAGACGCCUCUCUAACUGGAUGCAUGGUUUCCUGCACGCUGCCAGACUUCAUUUCAGGGACAAUGCAUACAACUAUACCUACUUGUAUGAACUCCUAAGCUUCAGUAUGCCAUUCUUUUUUGCGCUUCAGGAGUUACUUGGCCAUAUUUACCGGGAUGCGGAGCUGUCCUUUGAGAACAUGCUUGAACUGGUGAAAAAAUUCUUCAGGGUUUAAAGUUCUUCUGAAUCUUUUUUUUUUUUUUUUUUGGGUCGUGCCUUUCAGAUUUCCAAAACUAACAGCCUUCUCUGAUUACAUGUGUACGCACAAGCAAAGACAUUUCAAUUUAGUAUGUGCUUUAAAUGAGCCCAAAGCUCUACUUGAUAACCAUGGUGCAAUUCUUUAGAUCAUUUCAAACUUCUUUUGGAUCAUGAAGGUCAGUGUCCAGACACAUUUCCAAACCAUGGAAAAUAUAUGAAGGAUGUUUUUAUAGGUUAAAAAAAAAACUGGUUCAAUUUCUAGUUGUGACCAGAUAUUCCUCUGGGUUUACGUUUUAUUAUCCUUAUUUUAAAGACUGUGAAAGACGGUCCUUUCAGACAUUUCUAGGCCAACAGCAAAAGCUGUCUGUCUUUUUGAAAACUGAAUAUGGCACAUACUUCGUUUCCACCCUUGCCCCUAUUGCUUUAACUCUGCUAUGGGGCUGCGAGUUUGUUCACAUGUGUAGAAUUUUUUUUAAGUGAAAAAAUAUGUAUUACUGGCCCAUAUAUUUUCAUUGACUUCUCUUUGGUAUACUCUGUAAACACUGGGCAUUUCCUGUUACUUUUAUGAAUAAAUUCAAAGAGCAAAUGUUA